AUAGUUUUCUUUUCAACAUUUAAUUCAACUUUCCUUUUCUUACUUUCGUCCAUAUCACUACUGCACUCAAUAUCUUGUAUCGGGUAAUCAAUCAUUAAAUCAGGAUCAAUCUCUAUUCUAUCAUCAGGAAUAUAAUCCGGAUCAGCAUCACUGUCAUCAAUAUCUUCAUCAAAUUCAACAUUAUCACCACUUUCACUUUCAUCAGAUUCCAAAAGCAUUGCUUGAAUUUCUUCAUUCGCUAAAUAUUUGCGGCGUUUCGCCAUUUUUUCAACACAGUAUGAAAUAAGAUUUGAAACACAUUUAUAUAUGCCGCUCACAAAUUUAAAAAUAACAGGCACUAUCACUAGGACUACGUUAAAAUUACAUAUUUAAAAAGUCGUGUAUUACUAGUGACACGAAAAAUUUACGUGUUCAAAACUUCAGGUAUUACUAGCGACACGUAAAAUUCACGUCUGAGCUCUAGCUCAUGUAACGAGACAAAUGAACCGCAGACGAAAAAAUCAAACCACGUGGCAUGCAGCCAACUACAUGACCCCUCGAAGCACUUAAGGUCAAACAAGUGUAUAAGGUGAAAAGGAAAGGGCAGAAAGGAACCAAUAAAGGAUGACAGCACGUAAAAUUUACGUACACUAGUGUUCUAGGGUUAAAGGACAUUGUUGAUUUGAUCAAACCCUUUUCCUCUCGGGAUAAUUACAGCAUUGAAACUUUUAUUUCAGACAUUGAUGACAUUUUUAAUCUCUAUGAAAUCACGAAUCCUGUACACCAAGUACUUUUUGUGAAAAAAUGUCUUACAGGUCCAGCUUUAACAUUAAUUAGAUCAAUUCGUGGAAUUACUAAUUGGGAACAACUAAAACACCAUUUAUUAGAUGAAUUUUCGAAUAAAAUUAAUAGCCUUCAAUUACAUAAAAUAAUGGAAUCUCGUUACAUGAAACCAUCUGAAACCUUACAAGAAUAUUUUUUAGCUAUGAGAGACCUCGCACACAAAGGUUCUAUGGAUGAUUCUUCUUUGAUUGAUUAUAUUAUCAACGGUAUUCCUGAUUCAUCAAACAACAAAAUAAUUUUAUACGGUUGUAAAUCCAUUCCUGAAUUUAAAGAAAAACUAAAGAUUUAUGAAAAACUCUUUAACAAUUCAAAACAUUUGAAGUAAAAUACUCCAAAGAAAUUUACAAAUUCCUUUCCCAAUGUUAAAAUUGAUGCUAAACGUACAUCAGACACUCAACCAGUAUGUUCUUCUUGUGGUUUAAAAGAUCACAAAAGCAGUACUUGUCCUAAUAAAUCUAAUGGCAAAUUCUGUUAUGGCUGCCAAAAUUAUGGCCACGUUCAUUCCAACUGUCCCAAACGUUCUGGUUGUUCGACCACGGAAUCUGCUCCUAAUUGUUCUACAUCUGAUAGUACUGUAAAUGCACUUUCCACUCAAAAUUUUUCUAAACAUCCGAUGCAUGUUGAUAUUCAACUUAAAGGAACUCAGUUAACUGCUCUCUAUGACACUGGUUCACAAGCAACACUUAUUACGGAGAAAACAUACCGCAAAAUUGGUUCUCCACCAUUACAUCCUUCCAGAAUUACAUUCUCAGGACUUGGCUGAGACACAGUUCACAUUAUUUUACCUGCUAAAAUCCAUGUAGUAAAAGAGUAUAUAAUUCCUCUUGAUGCCAUUAUCGGAAUAGACUUUUUGCAACAAACUCGAUUUACAUUUGAUAAAGAUGGUAUUCAUUUAUGCAGCAAUAAUAAUGAUCCAAUUUUUGUUAAUGUUGCUAAUGUAACUCAUGAUCACACAUUUCCACCUGAUCUUUCACACAUCUCAAAAUCGGAAAUUUUCCAAGAAGUUCAACAUAUCAUUACUCCUCACAACCCACACGAAGUUAACUGCUAUGGAAGAUUUUCAGAAAAUAACAGAAAAUGAAAUUCAGUUACAGUUAAGGAAAAUGAUAAUGAUGCUGCACAUGACAAUUUAGAAUUGGAUUUAGAUAAUGAAAAUUUGCAUUUGGAUGAUCACGAUGACAAAGAUGAUGCUGAUACCAAUCAUGGAGCUCAUGACGAUGAUAUUGAUGAAGACAGUGAUGACGCAGACGACGACAUGGAUCAAGAUCAUGAUAUUGAUGAUGACGACAAUCAUAACGCUAAUGGUGCUGAUGAUGGCACUCAUGGAGCUAAUGAAGAUGAUGUUAAUCAUGUUGAUCAAGAUGACGUUGCUGUUGUUGAUGAAGAUCAUGUCAAUAUAGAUGAUGAUGACAGUCAUGAAGCUAAUGAUGAUGAUGAUGUCGAUAAUGAUCCAACCAUGCAGAAUACUGAAGAAACUGCGAAAAAUCAGCUGAAUCAAUUUGAACAAGCAUGUGCUGAUCAAGCAAACGAGAAAAUACCUUCUAAAAGUGCAGAAAUUCCCAAAGAACAGAAAAAUAAUCUAAGGAAACAAUUUGUCUCUGACAUUCCAGUUGAAGCUUUUGAGGCAAAAAAGAAUGCUGAAAUAUUUAGAAGAAAAAUUACUAUUUCAUACACUUUAUCCGCUUCACACCCAAAGAUAGGCAAGAAGAGAGCCUGGAAGUAUAAACGAAAAAUAUUUAAACAAACUUCAAAGACAAUGAAAUUGCAGACACAGCAUGAGGAUGAAAAGGCUGCAUUAUACAUUGAAGCUCAACGGAACUUCCUCCGUUUACAGCAAGCACAUAUACGACAGUAUAAGAAACGUCGCAAACCUGCCUGCAAAUACAAACUUGGACAACAAAUGCCAAUCCAGCCUGAACUGAAACUUCCACUUCAACUGAAUCUUGGACUUAAACUUCAUCCCAAAUUCUUCGGUCCUUAUGAGACAGUACAUCCCUCUGAUUGUUACGAAGUACGAAAGAUACGCCAUGAACACACCAUUAUGAUGUCCACCUGUGCUGAUAAGACGAACUGGUGGUGCACAAAACUAACAUUCGCCACCUGGACAUUGAUUUUUUUUCCACUUUCUCUGCUUUUUGUUUUUUCCUUUCUUUUCAGAUCAACCCCCAGGCGAGGACGCCCGGCAAGGCAGAAUGGCCGUGUGGUAAUGCGCUCCUACAACUCAACCUUCCUCCUUCCUAAAUCUGGCAACAGCGACAGCAGCGAGAUACUUCUUCAAGCUGUGUGAGGAAAUGGACAGACUUGCAUUCCAAUGAUGAUAUAACAUGGCGUUGGAUGGAGCUGAACUAUGCCGCUCGAAAACAUUGAUUGAUGAUGUGAUUCUGUUUCAUGAUGAACUUUUUAUCUUACUUCCUUUCACACUACAUAAGAUUCAUUCUUUUAGUUUGGCUGAACUGACAUAUUUCAAACCACACUGCCAAGAUACACUAUAAAUUCCCCAAGAAAUGGAAUCUUUAAGAAUUGAACCAUGGAUUUUUUUGAUAGCUGAGAAAACAACCUGUGGAGAAUCUAUGCAAUUUUGUAACUGACAGAAGAAUGAAAUGGAAAAACAACAAGGUAAUUACUACUAUGUCUAAUAUUGGAAUGUCUAGUUUGAAUAGCAAAAUGAAAAUUUUUAUAAAUUUUAUAAAGUCUUUAUAAAUGGCCAUGGGAGAAAAUCCGUGUCAUUGGCAAAAUGAUUUCAAAUAUUUCAGUUCAUCAGAAAGAAAAGAUUCUGAGGAUCAAACUUUGAAACAGCAAAAUAUAUAACAGUUAAAAGAAGCCAUUUUUUGCUUAGUCGGGUAACAGUAGUACUACAUACCUAAACAAGAAAGCCAUGAUUUACAAUACUAUAUGAAGGAGCUACAAAAAUCUUCAGGUACAAGCAGGAUUUUCUGACAAUAUGAAUGUAAUUAGCGUUUGAUUUCAUUAACCAGUGAGUUUAGCAAGCAGCAGAUACUGUAAUUUAUGAAUUUUCAAAUAUCAAAAAUGCAUUAAUAAUAUUUACAUGUAUCGAUUUUUACAGAGGGUAUAAUCCAAUAGUCACACAAAAUCUUCACUCACAAGGACAAGAAAUAGUUUCCAUUCUUAGAUGAUGCCACUAAUAUAACAAGCUGGCUAUGUACGAAUACUAAAACCUACUGCUAUUUUCUAGAACGUGAAUUCUGCUCCAAGGAUUAUUUCACAAAAAAAAAAAAAAAAGUCGAAGUGUGCACUCAGUGCUUCUAAGCAAUUGUAUAAUCUAUAUAGUAUGUAUGUUAGCUAAAAAGGAACAUCAAAAAUCAAUACUGCGAAGUGAACACUGACAGACAGUAUAAUCAACGUGCAUAAGAAGCCACAUGAUGAUAUUCAAUGAAAUUUGAUAUGAACAGUAUCUGAUGGAUAUAACUAUUUUAAAUGUUGUAAAAUGUCUGUGAGAAACUGAUAGCAUGCAAAAUUGUCCUUAAUCAGGAAACUUAAGAGCUAGAUAUAAUAGACAGGUCAAAGUUCUUCAGUAUGCUCUUGCUAAUUGCUAGCCUAGUAUCAAAAUGAAGCAAUUGGAAAACUAAAAUUCAGUGCGUGCCAAAUUGUACAUAAAUAUCAGUCAUGUUCGUUUCACUCAAGAACUGUUCAAGAAUUUAUGCUUGGAGACAAAGCCUGAGGAUUUGAUUAUAAGAAUUUUAUUUUAAAGAAGUUAUUUGAAGAAGUGACAAUUCAUCCUUUACGACAUAAAUUCUUUGGAUGGAUGAAUGACAGUUUUCUAACACUGGCAUAAUAAACUUGCAUAAUAGUCACUUAUGGACUUCUACAAUCAACACUUUAUAAAUAACAACAAAAGGGGACACAGGACCUUUUUGCUCGUCGCAACGAUCAUAAAAAUACUCACUCGAAACACAAAAACUCGUAUGAUUAAAAGGUUAUACAUUUUUUUACUUUACACUUUACAUAGAUAUGCCUUAUUAUACUGUGUGUGAAAUGAAAAUUGUAAAUAAAUAAAUAACUUGUAAAUUAAAAAUUUAAAAAUGUACAUAAGAGA